AUUGCUCUUAUCUCUCUCUCCAACUUUACCUUAAACAAAAAAAAAAAUGGCAAGCGCGAAUCCAGAAACCGCCAAACCCACGCCUGCAUCGGUGGACAUGGCUAAUCCAGAGGAGCUUAAGAAAGUUUUCGACCAGUUUGACUCCAACGGUGACGGCAAGAUCUCAGUCCUCGAACUCGGCGGUGUGUUUAAGGCUAUGGGGACUUCCUACACGGAGACGGAACUCAACCGCGUUCUGGAAGAAGUCGAUACAGAUCGCGACGGUUACAUCAACCUCGACGAGUUCUCAACUCUCUGUCGCUCGUCUUCCUCCGCCGCAGAGAUCCGUGACGCUUUCGAUCUAUACGAUCAGGACAAAAACGGACUGAUCUCCGCCGCUGAGCUUCACCAGGUUCUUAACCGCCUCGGGAUGUCUUGCUCUGUUGAAGAUUGUACUCGUAUGAUCGGACCUGUGGAUGCUGACGGCGAUGGGAAUGUCAAUUUCGAAGAGUUUCAGAAGAUGAUGACGUCGUCUUCUCUCCUCAACAGCAAUGGAUCCGCCGCUCCUUCGACCUAGGGAGUUUUCCAGAUUCCAGAUCUGGAUUUGGGAAUAAUAACUAUGGAUUUUAGGU